AUGUCAACCACUACAACAGUGACGGCCUCCGCCCCCGCACCGGCACCGGCGCAGCUGGGCUCGGCGCUGGACUCGGGCAGGGAGGGAAGCGGCAAGGUCAAGAGACUUCAUCAGAUCCCGGUCCCCGAGACGAAAGAGGCGGCCCGGCAAUGGCAGCUUGAGCAGAUGGCCGCCGCAUUCCGCAUCUUUGCCAAGCUGGGCUUCUCGGACGGAAGCAGUGGCCACAUCAGCCUGAGAGAUCCCGUCAGACCAGACACGUUCUGGAUCAACCCGUACGGCGUCCACUUUGGUGUGCUCAAGGUGUCCGACAUGGUCCACAUCGACGAGGACGGCAACCGCAUCGGCGGCGCCGACAAGCCGGUCAACACGGCGGGAUUCACCAUUCACUCCGUGCUGCACAAGAGACGGCCGGAUAUCAACGCCGCCUGCCACAUGCACAGCCCAUACGGCCGCGCAUGGAGCACGUUCGGGCGGCCCAUUGAGAUGUUAAACCAGGACUCCUGCAUGUUCUACAACGACCUCUCGGUCUACGCCGGCUUCGGCGGCGUCGUGCUGGCCAAGGAGGAGGGCGAGCACAUCGCCGAGGCGCUGGGCCCGACCAACAAGAACGUCAUCCUGCAGAACCACGGCCUCCUGACCGCCGGGGGCACCGUCGCCGAGGCGGCCGCCUACUUCAUCGCCCUCGAGCGGGCGUGCCAGACGCAGCUCCUGGUCGAGCAGGCCGCCGCGCCCGGGACCAACGGCGCCGCGGCCGGCCUGCGGAAGACCAUCGUCGGCCACGAGGAGGCCCAGUACACCAAGGACGGGACCGGCACGCCCGAGGUCAUGUACAUGCAGUUCGUGCCCGAGUACCAGAUGAUUCUGAAAGAGUCUGGCGGGGACUUUUUGUUGUAG